CAUUUAAAUAGGAGCAGAUAGCAGAUCUGGACGUAAGAACAUUACAAAUGGACUAAAAGUAGAAGAUUACUGGACGUUAGAACCAGAGAAGUGGACUAAAAGUAGAAGAUCUGGACACUAGAAGUGGACCAAAACUAGAAGAUUUCUGGACUUCAGGACCUUACAAGUGGACUAAAAGUAGAAGAUCUGGACUGUAGAACCUCAGAAGUGGACUAAAAGUAGAAGAUCUGGACUGUAGAACCUCAGAAGUGGACUAAAAGUAGAAGAUCUGGACUGUAGAACCUCAGAAGUGGACUAAAAGUAGAUUUUCUAGUUUUAAACCAUCUGAGAGAUGAUGAGAUCUUUCAUUGAUGGUGUCGGUUCCUGGGUGACCCUCCUCUGGGUCCUGGCUUGUGGAGUCAGCAGUGAUGUUCCAUCUCCAGCAGAGGAGGAGAUUUUUAGUUCUGACAAGCAGACGAACCUGGGCUGGACGUCUCAGCCAAUCAGAGAGUGGACUGAGGUCCUCCUCAGAGUUCAGUCUGGCUCUCGGGUCCCGGUUCUUCAGGCGUGUGGACGGCGGGUGUCCAGGUCGGUGUUGAGUGGUUGGAUGGAGCGUAAAGACGCUCACUUCCUGUUGAUGGAUCUUUCUUUUACACAAGAAGAAGAAGUAGAAGGCGAGCUGGGUCCGCUCCAAGUCCACCUGUUUGACUCAGACACGCCCAUCUCCACCUUGAAACCUGGAGGGAUGGUGCUUAACCUAAAGACCACGAGGCCAUUCUCAGCCAGCGUCCCCCAUCAGCAAAUCCAGACCCACCUGAACCUGAGCCGGGCCCUGAAUCUGGGACGAGUCAGACGCCGAGGCUUCCAGCUGGCCUUUUCGUACUCAGGGACCUGUGCACUAGUUACCUCCAUCAGGAUCUACUACAGGAAGUGCUCUGACAUCACAGAUCAGCUGGUCACCUUUAGAGGGACGAGCUCUGGAUCUGGACCAGUAACGGGCACCUGUGUGGAAGGGGCUGAGUCUGUUUCCCAUCCUCACAGAGAGUGCAUGGAGAACGGAGACUGGGGAACUAUUCAGGGGGAGUGCACCUGUCGGACUGGACACCAGGUCAUCAAUAACACCUGUACAGCAUGUGGGCGGGGCUUUUACAAACCAGCCAAUGACAGCGGAGGAUGUCGACUGUGUCCUCCAAACAGCUGGACAGUCAAAGAAGGAUCUGAGACGUGUGAGUGCGUUCAGGGUUACAGACGGCUGAUGACGGAUGCCGUUGACCUCGGCUGCACCAAGCCUCCGUCACCUCCUCUGAAUCUGUCCAUCGUUCAUCUCAAUGACUCCGAGCUGCUGCUCACCUGGGACACACCUCAUGACCUGGGGGGCAGACAGGAAGUGAUGUAUGACAUCACUUGUGAACAGGAAGUAAAGAGCAGAGGUCAGCGGCAGUCAUGUGGACAGGAAGUAGUUUUCCUGCCGUCCUCAGUCGCUCUAAACAACACAUGGGUCAGAAUCUUCAGACUGGAUCCAAACGGGGACUACAGGCUGUCAGUAAGGGCCUGGAACCAUGUUUCUGACCAGCAGGGGGCACUAUUAUCAUCCAGCACACUCACCUUACAUAGAUGGAAAGGUCCCAAAGUGUCAGUGACAGCGACCUCCAACACAUCGGACAUUGGUUCUCCUCCUCAGCUGAUCAGUCAGUCCUCUUCAAAGAUGAUUUUUGGAGUUUUGGUCCUCAGUCUGCUGAUUGUCAUCUUCACCACCUUUGCCAUCCUUACCAUCCGUCUGCUCCGCCGCAAAAUCAACAGAAUCCGGUCUGAACGGGAAGUUGAUCUUCUGCCAAUGAAUGCAGAGUUUUCAUUCCGGCGUCUGCAAGAAUUGGAUGCUGCUCCCCCGCAGAACCAUGUUGAUGAGGGGAUGGACAUGCUGGAUGGCUUUACCCAGGGACUGAAGGAGAUCCUGGUGGACCGAAACAAAAUCACUCUGGGCAAGGAACUGGGCAGAGGAGAGUUUGGAUCAGUCUAUGAAGGAGUUUUUUCCCCAUCUGAAGACAUGAACAUGAAGGUGGCUGUAAAAACUAUGAGAGUUGGAAUCCACAGUUCAGCAGAGCUACACGAGUUUCUGAAAGAGGCCGAGAUCAUGAAGAACUUUGAUCAUGAGAAUGUGCUUCAGUUACUCGGGGUCGCUGUGCAGAGGGAGCAAGACUCUCCACUUCCUGUUCCUCUUGUUAUCCUUCCGUACAUGAAACAUGGAGAUUUACGGCGUUUUCUCAUCGCCACACGUUACGGAGACCUUCCCAUGGCUGUUCCUCUCAGGACUCUGGUUGGCUUCAUGGUGGACAUCUCUGCCGGGAUGGUCUAUUUGAGUUCUAAAGGAUUCCUGCAUCGAGAUCUUGCCGCACGCAACUGCAUGCUGGGUGAUGACCUUCGUGUUUGCGUUGCUGACUUUGGUUUGUCUAAAAAGAUCUACAGCAGUAACUACUACCGUCAGAGGGUGGCGAUCAGAGUGCCCAUUAAAUGGAUGUCCCUGGAGAGUUUGUCUGAUUCCGUCUACAGCACCAAGAGUGACGUGUGGUCGUUUGGAGUGACCAUGUGGGAAAUUCUGUCCCGGGGAAAAACUCCAUAUCCUGGCAUCCAUAACCAUGAGCUACUGGAGCUUCUGCGAACCGGAUUCAGGCUGAAACCACCAGAGGAGUGUGACCCCCAACUGUACCAGGUGAUGAGGAGCUGCUGGGAGGAGACCCCGAGCGUCCGUCCAGACUUCAGCGAGCUGUUUGAGACUCUGAGCUGUUUCCUGUCUGACCUGCCUGAGGGGGAGGAGGUCAAGGUGACAGGAGAGUUGGCACUCUACAUGAACCAGGCCCUGACCCAGGACCUGAACCAGGACCUGAACCAGGACCUGCAGGCCGCCGCUGCUCCUCAGACACACCAGAGGGCAGAGAACAUCUACCUGCCCUCACCUGGAGGAGCUGCAGUCAGAGACGAGGAGGUGGAGGAUGGAUAUCUGAAGUACAACCCAGACCAGUGAGAAACAUCUGUUUAGAAUCAUUAACCUUAUUAUUCCUGUUUUUAUGUUAUUUACUGUAAAAUAGAGUUAAAUAUACACUCAGAGGAAUAUCUGCAGUAGAGUCAACCAGUGAGAGUUGUUCAUGUUUCUAUGUUCUGUUAAUUAAAGGAUUUAUA